CUCCCAUCCCUCCAGCUCCCAUCCUUCCCUCUCCAUCCCUCUGGCUCCCCGCGAAGGAGGAGCAGCAGCCGUGGGGAAGAUGAGCUCUAACAGGUAUCCCGUGGAUGUGAAGGCUGUCGGCUUCAUGCAGUGCAGAAAACAGAAGAACUACAUGAUGUUUGUGUCCUGGUCAGAUCAGAACAACAUUCUCAUCUACAGGACGUUUGAAGACUUUCGGAAAUUCCAUAAGGAGCUGAAGAGAAAAUUCCCCACUGAGAAUGGGUCACUGAGGAGUUUACCCAGGUUUAAAGGAAUAACUAUGCAGCAGAGGAAGGGUGGCAAGCUGAACAGGUGCCUGGAGAUCCUGAAACUGCUGGAAUCGUAUUCCCAGGAGCUGCUGAAAACUGAUGUGAAAAUCUCCCGGGGUGAAGAGGUGAACCAGUUUUUCAAGGCACAGACUCAAGACCUCGAUCCCUCCUUCCCUGAAAACAGUGCUGUGAUCAUGCCCUCAGUGUUCAGAAGGGAGAAGGGCCCCCAGCCCCUCUCCAUCACCCUCCCUCAGGCGUCGCAGAGCUACCGCUGCAUCAAGGCCUUUGAAACCAAAGACACAAAGAACAAACUCUUCACAGUGGCUCAGGAGGAGAUCGUGGAAGUGCUCAUCAAGGACAUGACUGGCUGGUGGCUGGUGGAAAAUGCAGACAAGCAGAUAGCCUGGUUCCCAGCCACAUACCUGGAAGAGCUUGAUGCCUAUGAGGACAUCCAGAAUGCCUUCAGCUCAGAUGAGGAGGGCAGCCUGUACUUUGUGGUGCAGGCCUAUGAGGCUCAGAAGGCAGACGAGCUCUCUCUGAACCAGGGGGUGGUCGUGGAGGUGCUCAGGACGUCCCACAAUGGCUGGUGGCUGAUCAGGUACAACGGCUGCACUGGCUACAUGCCCUCGCUGUGCCUCCGGCCCUACCAGAACCCUCACCACAAGCUCCAGAGCAUCCUGAGCUGCAGCCUGCACGCCUGCACCCCGAGCCUCAGCUCCCGGGAG